AUGACAACCACCACCACCCGCCCCAAAUGGGUUCCUUUGGAAGCAAAUCCCGACCUCUUCACAUCCUGGUGUUCCUCCAUGGGCAUGGACACCUCCAAGUUCGCCUUCCAUGACAUCUACGGCACGGAUCCUGACCUUCUCGCCAUGGUACCCCAGCCCGUUGCCGCUGUCCUUCUCCUCUUCCCUAUCCACCCUUCCAUGGAGAAAUCACGCACUGAAGCCUCCGCUGCAGCCCCCGCCUCCCCUCCUGGCACCGAAAACAUCCUCUGGUUCAAACAAACCAUCGGAAACGCAUGCGGUACAAUCGGCCUCCUUCACGCCCUCGCAAAUACUUCGGCCGUAUCGGCGAUCAAAUCUGACUCGCCGCUCGAUACUUUGUUCAAGAAGGCUCGUGCGACGAAGGACGCAGAUGAACGCGCAGAGGUGCUGGUAAACUCGAAAGAGUUGCAGAUGGUGCACGAGUCAACGGCGAGUCAAGGUCAGAGUCAGGCACCGGAGGAUUUGGAUAAUGUUCUUUGUCACUUUAUUGCUUUUGUGAGGAGCGAGACGGGCGAGCUGGUUGAGCUGGAUGGAAGUUGGGGUAGGAAGGGACCGCUGGCGGCGGGGAAGAAGGUGGAGUCUCAGGAGGAUUUGUUAACUGUUGCUGUGGAAUAUGUUAAGGAGAACUACAUGGCCAUCGACCCCAACAAUGUCAACUUUAACCUCAUCGCCCUCGGACCAUCGUUCGAUUGA